AUGGCCGUCCUGGCCUGCGCCGCCAGCGCCUCUUUCGGAUCCUUCUACAUGGCGGAGGCCCCCGGUAUGGGCCUCGCUCGCCGCGACACCAUCGGCUACCAGUGUAAUCCCAAGGUCUGCACACUUCCCGGCAACACCUGCGCCGAGGUCUGCGGAGCCGACUACGACCAGUGCUCCUCCAACAAGGCCAACGAGACGCACUGCUUCAGACCCGCCGCCGGCGAGUCCUGCUGCAUGGACGGCUCUGGCAACUCGUGCCAAAAGGGCUUCUUCUGCACCAACGACCCCGACAAGAACAACUGGUGCUGCCCCGAUGGCAUGGGCCUCGAGGAUUGUGCCGCCAAAUUUGGCGUCAAGGGCCGCCUGCAACUGGCUAAGCCAUCCUCUACCUCGACGACAGCAGCUCCUCCUUCGACGUCCUCUUCUUCCUCUCCUCCCCCCGCCUCGAGCACGCCCGCCACCACGACCUCGACAACGUCUCUUGUUACCUCUCAAGCCGACUCGACCACGUAUGCGGCGCAGAAAUCGGCCGACUUCUCCACCGGCGCCGUCCGGGUUCUUGUCAACAGCACCGCCGCCAACGUCGGGCCCACUCAGCCCGCCUACGUCCCCUCUCGGGUGCCACCUCCUUCCAAUAUCACGGUCAGCGGGGCCGCCACCUCGGGUGUCAGCUCCCUGCUGCUCGUGCUCGCCGGCGUCGUUGCCGUCAUGUGA